GCUGUCUGAUUGAAAUGAAUUGCUCCCUUUGGCGUUUAGGUAUUCAUGCUACUUUUAAUUGAAACCGCACGCAACUUUCAUUGAUAUUAAGUAUACGCAGGGGUGCAACAAAACGGCAACAGUUGUUAAUCGUUCGUGGUUUCCGUCAGUCGACAUUGACAAGAUGUGGCCGCUACUUGGACUUUUACUUGGCCUGUCCAACAGCAGUGAUAUUAAUACACUGAAGCUGGCGGAGAUUAGCUGCCAAAUUGCUGUGGCACAGUUGGCCCAAGUCAACUAUAUCUAUCGAUGUGUUAGCUGUCCAGUUGCAGACUCUGUUUCCUCGGUGACACUGGAAGAGGCAUUGCAUCGUUGUGUGGCAUCUCGAUUGCCCAGUUCAAUGCGCAGCCUGGAGAUGCAUGAAUUGGAGCCAGUUCGUCAGACAGACAGCAUGAAUAUCUUUCACAUACCAGCUGAAGAUGCUGGAGCACCUAUUAUGCGUCGUAUUUUGGACAUGUUGAAUCCUCGACAGCCGCGUCGACACUUACACAAGUAUCUCUUCAUUUGGCCAGAAGCCAAAGAGAAACAUUUAAGGCAACUCUUUGAGGGAUGUUGGGAGAAGCAUUUACUGUUUGCCUUGGCCAUAACUGGACCACAGGAUAUCUAUGACUUUGAUCCAUUUGGAGUAGAUGGUUUGGAAUUAAAAAGGUCCGCCAGGGGCAGAUACAUUGAUAAAUUAAGAAACCUGCGAGGUUUCGAUCUACGUUAUUCCAUGUUUACUAACCCAUUGCGUGCCCUGCCUUUGGAUCCCGUAGAGACUGAAGGAUAUAAAGCUAUCGAUGGCUCAAUUGCACGUCUCUUCGCUCAGAAACUGAAUGCCACAGCGCGUUAUGUGAUCCCAUCGGAUGGUGAGGCAUAUGGUCGUUGUUUAGCCAAUGGCAGCUUCACUGGUGCCGUGCGUGAUCUUACGACUGGAGUUACGGAUAUUGGAGUCAAUCUACGUUUCGUCCUGGACUGUAUUUGGCCACAUGUGGAGCUAGCGUAUCCGUAUCGACGCAUCAUUAUCAGUUUGGUGGUGCCAGCAGCAAGAAUGCGUCCAGAAUAUCGUAUAUUCGUGGAUGCCUUUCGUAAUUCCGUUUGGCAUCUGCUUUUGGCCAACUUUCUGUUUGCCUUUGUCAUUUUUAUAAUCUUUCAAUGGCUUUUAAACUGGAUUACAGGUGAAGUUGGUGAACGUUGGUUUGAGGUUUUCGAUAUGUUGUUCAAAACACAUUUGGGACAACCUGUCGAGCAUUUCUCUCGUAAGAGUUCGUUGCGUGCUUUUCUCAUGGCUUGGAUAAUGUUUAGUUAUGUGUUGACCACCGUUUACUUUGGCAAACUGGAGAGCAGCUUCGUCCAGCCGAGUUAUGAGCAGCAAUUGGAAGAUCUGGAUGGUUUACCUGCUCUCAAGUUGCAUGUACAUGGAGUAACUACCAUGUUUGAUGCUGUCAAUUCAUCUUUGUCGGCACGUCAUUACGAGGCGUUGACAGCCAGGCCCAAGGUACAUCCUCUCAAGGAUUCGGAUCAUUUAUAUGAGUUGGCCAUCAGUCGACGGUUCAAAAGAGCCGCUUUCUUAAUGCGUGAUGAUAGCGCAAAGGAAUUCCUCGCAAUCACCUACAAUGCAGAGGAGGGACGAUCCGCCUAUCACAUUGUCAAGCAAUAUCUCCGAUCCAUGCCAGGCACCUACAUUCUGCCCUUGGGUUCGCCCUACCUCUACAAAUUCCAGAUGUUAAUGAGCGCCUUCUUUGAGUUUGGUUUCCUCGACUAUUGGGCAGAGUUGGAUGUCUUGAGACGCAGUCGAUCCACGCAGUCCGAUGAAUUCUUUGAGGAUCUGGGAGAUGAAACGGAGCAAUCCACGGAUAAUGGAAACGUUGCAGAUUCCCAAGAGCGUCGCAAGAAGCGUGUGGUGCUUACUAUGGACAUUUUACAGGGUGCUUUCUAUUUGUGGAUCAUUGGAAUCUUGCUUAGUUUUGUGGGUUUUAUUCUAGAGCAGGUUUAUUAUCGUUUGAGAAGAUCAAAACGUGGUAGAAUUGGCGUCUUGGAUAAUUGA